AUGUCUAUUGAAAAGGAAAGUACGAACAACUUUGUCCAGGAAAGGUUGGAUUCGCUUUAUGAAAUUGACUGCAAGAUAGUAUCUUUGCUUGACAAUAUGUCAAGCUUGUUCCAAACAUACUCCACACCUAAAUCUAGCGAUAACGACUUAACUGAACAAAAGGACCAAAUGAAGGCUCAAACUAAAAACAUAUAUAAUGCAAUAAGUAAUGUUGCAAUAGGAUUGAGGAAAGAAGUUAAAAUAAUGGAUGAGAAUAUUGGGGUCUAUAAUAAGAAUAAAGAUGGAAUAAUGAUACUACCAAUUAGUGUCGACCAGAAGAAUACAACAUUGGGAACAAAGAAGCUUAACGAUGAAAUCAAAGAGUUGAAUACUAUAGUAACCGGAGAAGAAACGGAUGGUGCAAUGAAUGAUACAAAUAUGGAAGCUACAACAAAACAGGAAACUAAUAUUAAUAACGAAGAUUCGGAGAAAGAGAAACAAGAGAAUAUAACAGCCAUUGAGACGAAGAAGGAACUGAGUGAAAAUGAAGACGAAGAUUUUGAUAUGAUUGCUUAG